AUGACUGAGUUGAAGGCAAAGGAUCUUCUGGCUCCCCACGUGGCAGGCGGCGCGCCCUCCCCAACCCAGGUCGGAUCCCCCCUGCUGGGUAGCUCCGACGCUGGCCCUUUCCAGGCGUGUCAGACCUCUGACGACCCGCCCGCAGUCUCAGCCAUACCCAUUUCCCUGGACGGGUUGCUCUUCCCUCCGCCCUGCCAAGAACAGAACUCCCAGGACGCUAAGGCGCCAGACCAGCAGUCCCUAUCUAACGUGGACGGCAAAUAUCCCGGAGCUGAAGCCACAAGGGGUGCUGGAGGAGGCAGCUCUAGGUCCCCAGAAAGGGACAGUGGACUGCUGGACAGUGUCUUGGACACACUGCUGGCGACCCCUGGUCCUGGGCACAGUCACGCCAGUCCUGCUGCCUGCGAAACAACCAGCACUUGGUGCUUGUUUGGCCCUGAGGUUCCCGAAGACCCUCGAGCUGCCCCCGCCACCCAGGGGGCGUUGCCUUCGCUCAUGAGUCGACCUGGAGGCAAGGUUGGUGACAUCUCAGGGUCGGCGGCAGCCCAUAAGGUGGUCCACAGUGGGCUAUCGCCAUCCAGGCAGCUGCUGCCCCACAACCCUGGGGACCCUCAGUGGCCAGGGGCUCUAGUGAGGCCCUCUCCGCAGCCUCCUGUGGUGGAGGUCGAGAUGGAGACUGGCUCAGAGUCCGAGGGCUCUUCGAAUUCACUUCUGAAGGACAAACCCCGGGUUCUUGGAAGCACAGCAGCCGGAGGAGGAGCCGUGGCCAAUGUGCCUGGGGCGGCCGCAGGAGGCGUCACCCUUGUUCCCAAGGAAGAUUCCCGCUUCCCGGCUCCCAGGGUGACACUGCCUGAGCAGGAUAUGCCAGCGGCGCCGGUGCGCUCUCCGAUGGCCACUACGCUGAUGGAUUUCAUCCACGUGCCCAUCCUGCCCCUCAACAAGGCUUUCCUGGCAGCUCGCACCCGGCAGCUGUUAGAGGGGGAGGGCUACGACAGCGGAGCCGCAGUCACCGGCGCCUUAGUCCCGCCGCGGGGCUCACCCUCGGUCUCGUCCACCCCAGGGCCCGGGGGCGACUUUCCCGAUUGCGCGUACCCGCCCGACGUUGAACCCAAGGAGGACGCUUUCGCGCUCUAUGUCGAUACUCAGCCUCCAGCCCUGAAGAUCAAGGAGGAGGAGGAAGGAGCCGAGGCCUCCUCUCGCCCCCCUCGCCCCUACCUGUUGGCCAGUGCCAACGCCACCGCCUUUCCGGAUUUCCCGCUGGCGCCGCCGCCACCGCCUCUGCCGCCGCUGCGAGCGCCGUCGUCCAGAUCCGCAGAAGCGGCGGUGGCUGCUGCAGCCUCCAGUGUCUCCAUCUCGCCCGUGUCCUCGUCGGGGUCAACCCUGGAGUGCAUUCUGUACAAAGCCGAGGGCGCGCCGCCCCAGCAGGGUCCGUUCGCAACGCCGCCCUGCAAGGGGCCGGGCGCGGGCGCCUGCCUGCACUCACGAGACGGCCUGCCCUCCACCUCGGCCGCGGCUACCGCGGGGGCUGCUCCUGCUCUCUACCCCCCGCUCGGCCUCAACGGACUCCCGCAGCUCGGCUACCAGGCUGCUGUGCUCAAGGAGGGGCUUCCGCAAGUCUACCCGCCUUAUCUCAACUACCUGAGGCCGGAUUCAGAAGCCAGCCAGAGUCCACAGUACAGCUUUGAGUCAUUACCUCAGAAAAUUUGCUUAAUCUGUGGGGAUGAAGCAUCAGGCUGUCAUUAUGGUGUUCUUACCUGUGGGAGCUGUAAAGUCUUCUUCAAAAGGGCCAUGGAAGGACAGCAUAACUAUUUAUGUGCUGGAAGAAAUGACUGCAUUGUUGACAAAAUCCGCAGAAAAAACUGCCCAGCAUGUCGCCUUAGAAAGUGUUGUCAGGCUGGCAUGGUCCUUGGAGGUCGGAAGUUUAAAAAGUUCAAUAAAGUCAGAGUUAUGAGAGCACUGGAUGCAGUUGCUCUCCCACAGCAAGUGGGCAUUCCAAAUGAAAGCCAGAGAAUCACUUUUUCACCAAGUCAAGAAAUUCAGCUGGUACCCCCACUGAUCAACCUGCUAAUGAGCAUUGAACCAGAUGUCAUCUACGCAGGGCAUGACAACACAAAACCUGAUACCUCGAGUUCUCUCCUGACGAGUCUUAAUCAACUAGGCGAGAGGCAACUUCUUUCAGUAGUCAAGUGGUCUAAGUCACUGCCAGGUUUUCGAAACUUACAUAUUGAUGACCAGAUAACUCUCAUCCAAUAUUCUUGGAUGAGUUUAAUGGUGUUUGGACUAGGAUGGAGAUCCUAUAAACAUGUUAGUGGGCAGAUGUUGUAUUUUGCACCUGAUUUAAUACUAAAUGAACAGCGGAUGAAAGAGUCAUCAUUCUAUUCAUUAUGCCUUACCAUGUGGCAGAUUCCUCAGGAGUUUGUCAAGCUUCAAGUUAGCCAAGAAGAGUUCCUCUGUAUGAAAGUAUUGCUACUUCUUAAUACAAUUCCUUUGGAAGGACUAAGAAGUCAAAACCAGUUUGAAGAGAUGAGGUCAAGCUACAUUAGAGAACUCAUCAAGGCAAUUGGUUUGAGACAAAAAGGAGUUGUCUCCAGCUCACAGCGUUUCUAUCAGCUUACAAAACUACUUGAUAACUUGCAUGAUCUUGUCAAACAGCUUCAUUUGUACUGCCUGAAUACAUUUAUCCAGUCACGAGCACUAAGUGUUGAAUUUCCAGAAAUGAUGUCUGAAGUUAUUGCUGCACAAUUACCCAAGAUCUUGGCAGGGAUGGUGAAACCUCUUCUUUUUCAUAAAAAGUGAAUGUCAUUGAUUUCUUUUCUAAAAAAAAUUAAAUUUUGUGGAAUGUCUUUCUGUAUUUGUUUUUGUCAGGGUUAUGAGGUUUCUCCAUUUUUACAAUAUUCUGCUCAAAGCCUUACACUUAUAACAUAUCAUAUUACGUAAAUUAAGAAGCAAAGUUGUGAACUUCUAGUUUUCCUUUAUACCAUAUAACCAGUAUUUUCAAAGUGCUUUGUGUACCUGUAUUUUCUUUAAGAGUUUACCAGAUUGAAAAAGUACUAAAAUUGAUUGUUAAACUAAACUUAAUCAUAUUCAUAUUAUUCCAUACCAUUUAAGAGUGGGUUUUUUACUUUUGCAUCUAAAAUAUUUACUUAGAGAAAAAAUUCUUAAACAUAAUAAUAAAGAGCUUAUUAUAUGUUACUUCUAGAAGGAAAAUUAUAUUUCCAAAAAGGGAACUUUAAAAU